UUCUUGAAUGGCAUUUUCAAGAGACAAACAGACCGUGACUAGGAGCCGGAUUUUUUGGCGUGCUAUCAAAAGUCAGCUUUCCCUCAGUCAUUUAGCGACGUAGGCUUUCUACUGAAAAACCAUUCGAACCUAGGUUCUGACUUUGACACCUCGCUACGGGUUCAACGUUAGAAUUUAUGUUCAAGUUUACCUGUUCAACAGGCUGCUUCACCCUUGAUACAAUGGGUUCAGUCACAGGCUGAGUUAAGCAAUGUGAAAAUUAAAAAAAAACCUAACAAACCCUAGUUGCUUGUCCGAAGCAGCGCUUUCUUCCCCACAAAGCAGAAUGGUGGAAAAAUUACAUAUUAGCUACAACCAGAUUCACGAAAGCUUGCGAAGUGCCGUCAUUCGACAUCGCAUCAAUGAAGAAUUCCAACCGGAUAUCAUGAUCGCUAUAGGUGGCGGUGGGUUCAUUCCUGCAAGAAUAUUGAGAACUUUCCUCGAGAAGCGCAACAACAAGAACAUUCCAAUUCAAGCAAUUGGAUUGUCGCUCUAUGAAGAGCUUGAACAGUACGAUAAGGAAAAUGAACAGCUUCAGAACCAAAGAACAGAUAGCGGCAGUGUUACACCUUCUGUACCUCCCCCUCCUCAAGUCACCAAGACUCAAUGGCUCAACUUUGGUGGAAGUGACUCUCUUGCCAACCUUGCUGGACGUAAUAUUCUGAUUGUUGACGAAGUGGAUGAUACUAGACAGACAUUGAGUUAUGCUGUGCAGGAACUUUUACGUGACAUUGAGAAGCAGGAAAAAGCCACUCCCGGUCAUAAACCCACUAAGCUCGGUGUUUUUGUCCUUCACAACAAGGUCAAGCAAAAGAAGGCUUCCCUCCCUGAUGAUAUCAUGAAGAACUACUUUGCUUGUGUUGAUAUGCCAGACCAUUGGCUCGUUUACCCAUGGGAUGCUAUCGACAUUGAAGAGCACACCGAAAAAGCCAACCGCAAGGAAUUAGUAGAUGAAUAGUUUAGAUUGAAGUUGUAACACUAAUAGAACAUGGCAGGCUGAUCCCUCCAGAAAUCGCAUAACAGCUAUGCGAUUUGUUAAAACUACUUGCAGAGAUCUGAAUUUGAAACUGGGUAAUUGAAGAGCAAGCCAAAAGAUAGCAUCAGAAGGCAUUGGCCUUCAAUGUCGAGCUGACAAG